CCAAAGGACACUUGAGUCUUCAUAUGUCCAGAAAUACAAUAAUUGAGAUAAUGGUCACACAUUAUUAUUAUAUUCAUAACAUGGUUAACUUUUGUUGAUUUAUUUCUAUUUAUAUACUUUUAACUUUUUUAUUGCUCAGCUGGCGGGAGAGAAAUUCCUACUUUUAUCUUUUACACAUAAAAAGCUUGAGUAGCUUUGUAUAACUCGUGCGCGCUCUUUCUCUCCUAGAUCUCGAUCUCGGCAUUAAUUGCUCUCUCUAAAUCUCUGCUUGCAGUUCAAUACAGCUGUGAGUUUGUAGAAGGGAGAGGGGUCAGGGGAGAGGAAAUGGGGUACAUAGGAGCUCAUGGAGUGGCGGCCCUGCAUGGGUACAAGUACAGUGGAGAAGACCACUCUUAUGUAGCAAAGUAUAUCCUGCAGCCCUUCUGGAGACGAUGUGUCAACUUCUUCCCUCUUUGGAUGCCGCCCAAUAUGAUUACACUCACUGGGUUCAUGUUUUUGGUCACUUCUGCAUUACUUGGAUAUAUAUAUUCUCCCCAAUUGGACUCUCCUCUUCCAAGAUGGGUAAAUUUUGCACAUGGGUUGCUUCUCUUCCUCUAUCAGACAUUUGACGCUGUUGAUGGAAAACAAGCAAGACGAACAAAUUCAUCCAGUCCGUUAGGGGAGCUUUUUGAUCAUGGUUAUUAUAUAUAUGUGGAUGGAGUCGUCUAAUCUUUGCGAUCAGCCUCAGAUGGUCCGAUCAUCGAUCGGUCACUGACGACUUCCUGUCGUUUUAGAUCGUUCCGUCGCAGUCUGUGGAUGUCGUUGGUAGUGGAGGCUUUGGCUUCGCAAAUGGAGACUAUGAUCUCAUCAGCCGCUGCUCUGACUGGUGCUGGCCACCCAGCCGGAGGAUCUUCGCAGGUCGCAACCUUCUGAUGGCCUGGGGAGUUCGAUUGUCCAGUGGUGGCGGCGGGUGGCUUUAGAUUUUGGAAUGGUGUUUUGGGUUAAGAACCUAAUUUUAGUUUGCCAUGUGCUUCUCUUGCACUAGGAAAGUACUCACAACGUAACUCUUCCACUUUUUAUUAUAAUAAUAAUAAUAAUAAUAAUAAUUUAUAUCA